AUGGAGGGAUCGCUUGAAGUUGCUCCAAGAUCGGGCCUAAGUCACGGUGGUAACAAGCCCACCUUGAUAGGAGGUUCCACCAUGUUCGGCGGCGGUGGCCGGUGCGGUGGUGAGAGGUGGUGGGGCCACCAUGUCGAUCGCGGGAUCGUGGGCGGAGUGGCUUUGGGCCGUCGCGGAUUUAGCCAUCGCGGCGGUUUUGCCUCUCGUCUUCAUGCUUCCAACCAUGGUUGUUUGGAAGGCUUCGGUGGAUUGGAAAAUAGGAGGAACGGAUUCCUUGAGCACGCGUUGAGUAUAACUCGUGCUCUCAAUGAAAGCACCAAUUUGGAGGGAAUGAUUUUCCCCACGAGAAUAUUCGUCAAAGAUUCCUUCGUCUUCUCCGCUUCUCUUUCUCUCUGCAAAACAGAUCGGAGUAAAAGGACCACACCCGGGGGGUGUUGGCCAAAGGCCCUCCGAUGCCUAAGUUAG